ACCUCCCAAUUAUGGCAAACAAGUUGAGAGCCAAGAGAUUGAAACUCCCGGUCUGAGGUUCCAUUCCGGGAAUUUCUCUGUAUCCACAUACCCUUCUUCUACGGACACACUAUAUAGUUUCCUUCCCAUUUUCCAUUUCAAUUCAGCUUCUUGAAAGCCUCCAACUCUGAAGGGAUGCUAGCCCUUGAAUGCUCAUUUGAAUCUUCCACCUAUUUCCUUUUACAUCUCUGAUCCACUUUUGUCCCCCACCAAAUUUGUUUAGUAUUCCUCCCCCUCUAUCUCUCUCUAUACAUCUAUCCGCUACUUUUAAUUUCAUGGCGGUUCAUAGAGAGAUUCUUCUUCUUUUCAUUCUCUCCAUUGUACUGCCUUUUCAUACUACUUCCCAUGCUCAUGAUGGUAAUACUACUGGUGUUUCUUACGAUAGUCGAUCCCUUAUCAUUAAUGGUAAAAGAGAGCUUCUGUUCUCUGGUUCCAUUCAUUAUACCAGAAGUACUCCAGAGAUGUGGUCAGAUAUUUUAGACAAGGCGAGGCGUGGAGGUUUGAAUGUGAUUCAGACUUAUGUUUUUUGGAAUAUUCAUGAGCCUGUGGAAGGCCAAUUUAAUUUCGAAGGAAAUUACGAUUUGGUGAAAUUCAUCAAGCUCAUUGGUGAGAAACAGAUGUAUGUGACUUUAAGGGUUGGACCCUUCAUUCAAGCUGAAUGGAACCAUGGUGGACUUCCAUAUUGGCUCAGAGAGAAACCAAACAUUAUUUUCCGUUCAUAUAACUCACAAUUCAAGCAUUACAUGAAAAAAUAUGUAGCGAUGAUAGUAGACAUGAUGAAGGAAAAUAAACUUUUUGCUUCUCAAGGAGGACCCAUCGUUUUAGCUCAGAUUGAAAAUGAGUAUAACCAUGUUCAACUUGCAUAUGAUGAGCUUGGUGUCCAAUACGUCCAAUGGGCAGCAAAUAUGGCAGUUGGAUUGGGGGUUGGAGUUCCAUGGAUCAUGUGCAAGCAGAAGGAUGCUCCUGAUCCAGUGAUCAACACCUGCAAUGGAAGGCACUGCGGAGAUACUUUUACAGGACCUAACAAACCCUAUAAGCCUGCGCUGUGGACCGAGAAUUGGACUGCUCAGUACAGAGUAUUUGGAGAUCCACCUUCACAGAGGGCAGCAGAAGAUAUUGCCUUUUCGGUUGCCCGAUUCUUCUCCAAGAAUGGGAGUUUGGUCAACUAUUAUAUGUACCAUGGUGGGACAAACUUUGGUAGAACAAGUGCCGUCUUUACAACAACUCGGUAUUAUGAUGAAGCACCACUCGACGAAUUUGGCUUGCAAAGGGAACCAAAAUGGGGUCAUCUCAGGGACGUUCACAAGGCACUGAAUCUGUGCAAGAAACCUCUCCUCUGGGGAACUCCUGGAAUCCAAGUAAUAGGCAAGGGUUUAGAGGCUCGCUUUUAUGAGAAGCCAGGAACUAACAUUUGUGCUGCUUUCUUGGCCAACAAUGACACAAAGAGUGCACAAACAAUAAACUUCAGAGGACGAGAAUUUCUUCUUCCACCUCGAUCAAUUAGCAUACUUCCUGACUGUAAAACUGUUGUCUUUAACACCGAGACGAUUGUAUCACAACACAAUGCGAGGAACUUUAUCCCAUCAAAGAAUGCAAACAAAUUGAAGUGGAAAAUGUCGCCUGAAUCCAUUCCAACUGUUGAACAAGUACCAGUAAAUAAUAAGAUUCCAUUGGAACUUUACAGCUUACUCAAGGACACCACAGAUUAUGGAUGGUACACCACUAGCAUUGAGUUGGACAAAGAAGACGUCUCAAAGCGCCCUGAUAUUCUACCAGUCCUACGUAUUGCAAGUCUUGGUCAUGCUAUGCUUGUAUUCGUCAAUGGUGAAUACAUUGGAACGGCACAUGGAAGUCACGAGGAGAAGAACUUUGUUUUCCAAGGAUCAGUGCCCUUCAAGGCGGGAGUUAACAACAUUGCCUUGCUAGGCAUUCUAGUGGGACUUCCUGAUAGUGGAGCAUACAUGGAACACAGAUUUGCAGGGCCUCGAUCUAUAACGAUCCUUGGUUUGAAUACCGGAACACUUGAUAUUUCUAAAAAUGGCUGGGGACACCAGGUUGCUCUCCAAGGAGAGAAAGUUAAAGUAUUUACUCAGGGAGGAUCACAUCGGGUUGACUGGAGCGAAAUCAAGGAAGAAAAAUCUGCUCUCACAUGGUACAAGACAUAUUUUGAUGCUCCAGAGGGAAAUGAUCCUGUGGCUAUUAGAAUGAAUGGAAUGGGUAAGGGACAAAUUUGGGUUAACGGCAAAAGCAUCGGUCGGUAUUGGAUGUCCUACUUAUCCCCUCUAAAAUUGUCUACUCAAUCAGAGUACCACAUUCCAAGAUCCUUCAUAAAGCCAUCAGAAAAUCUACUGGUGAUAUUGGAGGAAGAGAAUGUCACACCCGAAAAGGUCGAAAUUCUACUCGUGAACAGAGACACAAUUUGCAGCUUCAUAACACAAUAUCAUCCACCAAACGUCAAGUCCUGGGAAAGGAAAGACAAGCAAUUCAGAGCUGUGGUAGAUGAUGUGAAAACAGGCGCCCACCUUCGGUGUCCCCAUGACAAAAAGAUCACCAACAUUGAAUUUGCAAGCUUUGGUGAUCCUUCUGGUGUUUGUGGAAACUUUGAACAUGGGAAAUGCCACUCAUCGUCAGACACAAAAAAACUCGUCGAACAGCAUUGUUUGGGUAAAGAAAACUGUUCAGUGCCAAUGGAUGCAUUCGACAACUUCAAGAAUGAAUGUGACUCAAAGACACUAGCAAUACAAGCAAAAUGCAGUGAAUAGAAUUUGAAAUGACAAAUAUUUUCAAAGAAAGAAGAAGAGAUCAGGGAGAGGCUGGUCUAUCAAAUUCUGUCUUACUGCUAACAAAGAAACAAACAUGUUGGUUAAAAAAUCUCACACCCCCUUCAGAGUUGGGGCUUCUUGAAGCUCAAAGUUUUACUUUUUUCUUCGUUGUUCUUUCUUCUUCUUCUUCCUUCUUCUUCUUCUUCUCUUUUUGUUUCCCCUAUAUACACACACACCCCUUUUUCCCAUCCUCUUUACAGUCAAUUAUUAUUUAAAAAUUCAUAAUCAAUAAUUGAAAACUUUUCUUUUUGGUUACUUACUUCUAAAUCUCAAAUCUUACCUCUUCUUUUCAUUAAUAUAAUUCAACAAUUUCUUGAGCA